AGUGUUGCGCAAUGUCCUCCUUUGUGUGUCCUCUUCAGUCACACGCUUUCUGAAAAUAAUCAGAAUAAUAUUAUUGGCUCUUUAGCGAUUGAAUAAAUAUGAUUCAGAAGUUGUAGGUGUAUGAGAUCUGUUUGCUCUGUGGUCACAUGGGUGAUUAGGUAGAUGUGACCAGAGGAGCACUCUCUCCAAACCUGCACACCCUGCGCUGGGAAAGGAUUUUGCUCUUGGGACGACUCUCCACCGUGGCAGGCUGGUAACCCAACCAUGGAGGACCCUGCCAUCUCCUGUGCUGCUCUCCUCCUCAUUUCUCUGUCUGUCGCUGUUGCUGACCUGAGAGGCAACUCCGACAGCUUCGUCAGCUCCGCCUGGGAGGAAAUGUCAACUCCCUCUGGACCAGGUGAUGUUGUCUUGCUGGGACCAAACACCGUGGUAGUUGGAAACAACUACGACUUCACGUGCCAGGCAGUCUGUAACCCGCCGUGUAAUUUCACCUGGCUCUUCAAUGGCGUCCUCGUGGCCAGUAGUGUGAGCCAAGUGUCUAUGCGUCCAGCCACCUUCAACGAUAACGGGGUCUUAGCCUGCCAGGCGCAGAACACGGUCACCUUCACGCUGAAGGCAGUCUUCAAAGUGAUCAGAGUCACAGACCCCAACAACAGUGUGUCGCUGCAACCUGCUGUACAGCACCCACCGAAUGUAGAGGAACCCUACAGCUUAAAAUGUGUCACCACGGGAAAUGCCACUGCUGCUUUGUGGGUGAAGAACCAAAUAGAACUCACAGACCAGUCGGGAGGGGUCCAGAUAUUACAACAAAAGACUGUCCUCUCUUUUGACUCGUUGACAAUAUUUGACAACGCCAUCUACCAGUGCGUCGCCGUCAUGGACAACUGGCAACUGUUAAGUGAGCCCUUCAUUCUCAGAGUGAACUACGGACCGCAGAAGCCCAUCGUCCAAGGCAUGAAUGUGCUGCUGCCAGGGAUGGAACAGUCAUUCCGGUGCUAUUUUGACUGCCACCCGGAUUGUAACUGCACCUGGUACCUGGGCCACCAGGUGUUCUGGCAUGGCAGCCAAGUGAGAGUACGGCUGGCGAACAUUACGAAUAGCAGCAUCCUCACCUGUGAGGCCAGCAAUCCUGUGACGGGUCUUUCCAACAGUGUGUCCACCAUGCUCUUGGUUCCAAAUGGGCCAGAGAACGCAAUUAUCACUGGACCUUCUGACAUGAUCGCGGGACGCAGCUAUGUAUUUAAGUGCAGCGCACAUUCUUACCCUCCCAGCAACUAUACUUGGUACCUGAAUUCCAGAGAGGUGGCUCAGGGGGACGUGUACAAGAUCAGCUCAACCAGACUGGAUGGUAAUGCCACCCUGGAGUGUACGGCACACAAUGCACUGACUCGACUCAGUGCUAAAAAUUCCACUAUGCUGAAAAUCAUAAACGAGGCAACCUCCUUCAAGUUCAGUAGCACCACCCUGGUGGCUCCACUCACUCUUCUGCUACUGCAGCUUCUCCCUCUGACUUCUUAGGACUCAGCUGAUUUCAACAGGAGUGUGCCCUGAGGUUAGAUGGUGCCGUAUUCAUCGUUUUCACCACUUGUUUCCUGGGACUGGACCCCUGCACCAUGGAUAAGCAGUUACAGCAAUCUGAGGAAUGUGUGUCCUACGUUAGAUUUUAAGAUACGUAUUUUUUUUUUUUUUGAAAGCAACUUAUAAUGUUAAGCUAUGUACAAUUAUUUACCCACUUA